CGAGCCCAAGAACAAGAAGCGCGCGGUCAAAUAAUCACUCGCAGCUCUCCAGCGCCGAGAGGGAGCAGUCUUGCACCUCCAGCCAUGGCGUGGAUCAGGAAGAGCGCCGGCGGCGGCGGCAAGUCGCCCGGCCGCGGGGCCGGCGCCGACGAGGAGGAGAAGGUCCCAAGGGGCCACGUCCCGAUGGUCGCCGGCGGGGAGGGAGACGGCGAGCGCGUGCUGGUGCCCGUUAGGCUACUCAGCGACCCCAGCAUCGCGGAGCUGCUGGACAUGGCGGCGAGGCGGUACGGGUACGGCCAACCGGGCGUGCUGCGGGUCCCCUGCGAAGCGGGGCACUUCCGCCGGGUCGUCGACGGCGCCAUGCAGAGAUGCGGGAUCAGCUUGGCGUGAGAAGCUGGCCAAGCUGUGAGGAGGCCAUGGAGGACACGCCCCCCAGCCGGCCCGGCGAGCUAGCUAUAUAUACAUGACAUUUAUUUGUACAGAUAGAUGCAUGCUUAGUUUGUUCUUUGGUAGAUCGAUUAAAUUCUUUGAUGAAUAUAUGAUGAUGACGUAUAGGAGACAGACAGGACAGAGCUGAUGUCUAUCUUGCAA